CACUUCCUUACAUUCAUUCAACCGUCCACAUGUGUCGUUGUGUAACCGCCACCACGCACUAUACUUCAACUCCACGACACCGUUUUACUGCGUCAGAAGCACAGAUCUUCAAAACCCAGUGUUGACUCACGCCGGAAAAAAAAAGUUUAUAGGUGGCAGCAAAAUGGGAAGUGUAUUGGAGGCAACACUACUACAUCAUGUAGGCAUUGUGUUGAUAGUGCUAUGGAUGCUCAAUUCAUUCAAUUACUGCAACCCAGUUGCCUACUUUAUCUCUUUUGUCUAUCUUUUUCUGGUUCAUGAGAUGUAUGUGGUAAGAUUGAGGAAGACACUGGAAUUUGAGGAGAAAAGAAACUCAAAUCAAAGAAAGAUUCUUUCUGACUCUGAAACUGUACGGUGGUUGAACCAUGCCGUUGAGAAGAUGUGGCCUGUUUGUAUGGAGCGGAUUGUUUCGCAGAAAAUAUUAUUGCCUAUUGUGCCAUGGUUCUUGCAAAAGUAUAAACCAUGGACUGUGAAGGAAGGAGUUGUUCAAGAAUUAUGCUUGGGGAGAUCCCCACCAAUGUUUACAGAAAUGAGGGUUCUUGAUCAAUCUAAAGGCGAUGAUCACUUGGUACUAGAGUUGGGACUGAACUUCCGAACUGCUGAUGAUAUGAAUGCAUUGCUUGCAGUUAAGCUGCGGAAACGAUUGGGUUUUGGGAUGUGGGCGAGGUUGCACUUGUUAGGCAUGCAUGUCGAAGGAAAGGUCUUGGUUGGGGUGAAGUUUAUACGAAAAUGGCCCUUCCUUGGUCGUGUGCGUCUAUGCUUUGUUGAGCCACCAUACUUUCAGAUGAUUGUGAAACCAAUAUUCACCCAUGGCCUUGAUGUUACUGUACUUCCAGGGAUUGCAGGAUGGCUGGAUAAACUUCUGGCUGUUGCCUUUGAGCAGACACUUGUUGAGCCAAAUAUGUUGGUGGUUGAUAUGGAGAAAUUUGCUUCACCGCAAGCAGAAAGCUGGUUCUCUAUUGAUGAGAAGCAGCCUGUAGCUUAUGCUGUUGUUGAAGUAAUUGAAGCAGCUGAAAUGAAGCCCUCGGAUCUAAAUGGAUUGGCUGAUCCUUAUGUCAAGGGCCAGCUUGGUCCUUACAGAUUUAGGACGAAGACGCAGAAGAGGACACUAACUCCAAAAUGGCACGAGGAGUUUAAGGUCCCCAUCCGUACCUGGGAGUCACCAAAUGUUCUUGGAAUCGAAGUUCGGGACAAAGAUCGUUUUGUCGAUGAUAAGAUGGGGGAAUGUUCCAUAAACCUAAAUGAGUUCAGAGAUGGCCAGCGGCAUGACAUGUGGUUGUCUCUACAGAAUGUUAAAGUAGGACGGCUACAUCUUGCAAUUACUGUGACUGAGGGCAAUGGAAAGGGGUCUAAUGAACCAUUUGGAAAAGAGAAUUUAGAUGAAUAUAAAAGAGAGUCAUUUGCAACCGAUUCAACUAAUCAAGGUUCCUUCUCAUCGGUUACAUCUGAGAAAUCUCUGAAAGUAGCAGAUGCUUAUGAGCCUAUAGAUGUUGAAGGGCAACAGGAAACUGGGAUAUGGGUUCAUCGUCCAGGGAGUGAAGUUGCUCAAAUAUGGGAGGCAAGGAAGGGGAAGAGUAGGAUCCUUGACACCAACAUUCAUGGUGAGGGUGUUGACUCUGCAGGCACCUUCAAGUCAACAGCAUCUGGAUCACGUAACAAUGACAGUAGGAAUGCAGAAGAAACUGCAGGUGCUGAAAAAGAGCAUUCUCCAAAUGCUGUAAAAAGGGGCUUACAUAAGAUGAGUUCAUUGUUUCAUCGAGGACAGAGAAGUGAGAAGUCUGUUUGUGUUGAAGAGCCACUUCCAUCGCGACACAUUAAUCUUCGAUCCAUGAAUUCUGACGAAAUUGGUGUGAAGUUCAUAGUGGAUGACCCUGUUACUGCUCCAUCUGCUCAAAACAUACCGCAACCAGAUGGAAAAGAAAGUUCUGAAGAUAGUGGGCCCGAAAGUCCACACAGGGGCAAGGUAAAAGACAGGGCAAAAAGGAUUUUAAAGCAAUCUGCUCAUGGCAUAAGGCACGCUCUUUCCAGGAAAGGAUCAAAGAAAUUUUAUUUUGAAUCAAAAUCACAACCUACAGAAAGGGAUGUUUCAGUGGAAUCUACUACUUCUGAAGAGGAGUUACUUCCAUCAGUGGUUUAUACCCCUCGUGUUGAACCAAUCUCGGUUGUCUCCUACCCCAUCUCUGAUCAUGACAAAGACUCCUCUAGUCCUAGUAAAAACAGAAUCCAGUCUCCUUCGAGUGAUGUUGUAAAGGAUAUUGUAAUACAAGAAGAAAAGGUUAUUCCCGAAUCUAAAAUAGGUGAUGACGAAUCCGGCUGCAUUCAGAGAAAUGAAGUAAUUGAAGAAUCUAAGAGUAGUCCCAAGCUGCCUGGUGGAGAUAUGAAGGUAGACAAAUAGUUUUUAUUUUUUUCUUAGGCUCAAGAGGUAGUUGGUCAUGUGUUAAAAGUGCAUACUGGUUGGGAGAUAGACUUGGCUUUGUAGAUUGAGGUCUUUGGUGAUCUGUAUGUACAGCUGUUUUUGCUGGAUAUCAUAGACAGUCAUGCUUGUUUGAUAGUACAUAGUUUUUGGUUCCUGUAAUUUGUUCAA